AUGUUGCCAUAUGCUUUGUUGGGUUAUCGAAUGACUGUUAGAACGUCGAUUGGAUCCACUCCAUAUCUGCUAGUAUAUGGAACAGAAGCAGUCAUACCUGCUGAAGUUGAGAUACCGUCUUUGAGAAUCAUCCAGGAAGCUGAGUUGAGUAAUGCUGAAUGGGUGAGCAAGAGAAUUUACCAAUUAACAUUGAUUGAUGAGAAGAGAAUGGUUGCCGUUUGUCAUGGUCAACUAUAUCGACAGAGAAUGAUUCGUGCUUUCCACAAGAGAGUCAGAGCCAGAAUUUUUGAAAUCAGUCAGUUGGUACUUAAGCGCAUUUUUCCUCAUCAAGAGGAGUACAAAGGAAAAUUCGCACCAAAUUGGCAAGGUCCUUACAUGGUUCUCAAAGUAUUAUCUGGAGAUUCUUUGGUCCUAUCGGAUAUGGAUGGCAUCAGAAUGAACACUUGGAGAACUAAGGGUCUGAGGACGGGAGCAGCAGCAGCUAGGGGUAAUCAGAAUCCACCCCAGGCUCCAGCUGAAGGAGUGGUCAUGCCGGUUAACCCAGCUGGGUUGACUGAUGCUGAGGCUCAGGCUAUGACUACCCAAGUCAACCGGCAGGAUAUUCAGAGGAAGAACCCACUGGUUCGCAGCAUGGCUGACAGACUGUGA